AUGCACACCGACCUACCCUAUGCUGCAGAUGCAGAAGUUUCUCUCUCAUACGAUGAACUAGAGGUGCUCCGGCGGCAAUUCCAGCGAGAAGAAGAGCAAGGACAUGUCACAACACAGACAAAAUUCAACUAUGCGUGGGGUCUUGUCAAGAGUCCUCAGCGAGAACAACAAGUUCGUGGUGUGCAUCUGCUCCAAGAGAUCUACAGAGCAGAGCCAUCUAGACGACGCGAGUGUCUUUACUACUUGGCGCUCGGCCAUUACAAGAUGGGCAAUUACGAAGAUGCAAAGAAGUUUAAUGAGCUAUUGAUGGAAAAAGAACCAGCAAAUCUCCAAGCGCAAAGUUUGGCUGCCCUCAUCGACAAUGGGGUCGCCAAAGAGGGAUACAUUGGAAUGGCAAUAGCAGGAGGCGCUGCUGCCAUUGGAACACUAUUGAUAGCAGGUCUCAUACGUCGUGCGGCAAGGAGACCUGAAUAA